AUGACCUCAUCCCAUCUUGAGAACCGGUCUUCGCGUUCCAUGUUCAGCUUUGGAGACGAUAUGGAAGACGAUGACCAGAUUAUCAAUUCCGUAAAACCGUUACCCAACCAAGCCGUGGACCGGUCCCUCUUCCAAGCCCCUCAAUUCGACCCUGAUCACUUCCUCUCCAGUCGACGCCAUCUCGGUCUUGAACGCUUGAAAAAAGAAUUGAAUGAACACUUGAGGUUUCUGAAAGCAGAGCUUGUGGAACUCAUCAAUGAGGACUAUCAGGACUUUAUCAACUUGUCGACCAAUUUGAAAGGAGUCGAUAAAGCCAUGGACGACCUUCAACGACCAUUAGCGCAGAUGGGUAACCAAGUACAGACCGCGCAAUCACAAUUUCAAGAUGUGCUGGAUAAGUUGCGUGACGAACUAGAUCAUCGCACCCAAGUGCGAGAGAAAAAGGCUUCCUUGAAACUCUUAUUGAACAUCCACAACUCGAUUACCAAAGUAGAAGAUUUACUGGAAAUUAAUGCAGAUGCAGUCCACUCCCGCGAUGCAAAAAGGACAAACGAAACAGAAGCGGCACAUCACAGUCUAGGCAAACAGAUCGAGCGAGUAGCCAUCGAGUACAAUCAAAUGCAAUACCUGGUCGGCCGAGGGAAAGACCUGCCGCUAGUGGCCGAGAAUGAAUGGCGAAUUAAACGUAUCAAAGACAUUCUUCAGAAGAACCUAUCGACCGCCUUGUCAGCCGCCUUGGUACGGAUCGAGCACAAUGAUCUCGAUCCUCCUACAAAGCAAUCCCUCAUUCAGUGUCUACGAGCCUAUGCGCUGAUCGAUCAAACCUAUGUUGCAGAGUACAUUAUUCGAGACGAGUUUGUCCGCCCUUUUCUUGCAAAAACAGUGACGAAAAAAGCCCUGGAAGUACCAAGAGGAAAAGUGGAUUCUACCUGCCAUCCGUUAUCGCUCGUGUACAAAAAUAUACUGUCUUUCGCCUCCACUGAUCUUCAGCCGAUCCUUGAAAUUACACAGCGAACAUUGAAAGGGACCAACUAUGAAGUGCUGGUUAACACUUUAUGGGUGGAAGUGAUGGAGUUUAUCCAGCGCGAUUGUGCUAGCAUUUUUGCCGCAGGCCAAACGGAUACUUUCCACAAGAACUACACCGCGUCCAUGAAUUUCGUGACCGAGAUUGAAAAUCUAUGCGUGAGCAAGCGUUCUCUGCUGUAUUUACGAAACCAUCUGAGCUAUGCCGAAUUCAUGAAACGAUGGCAACUUCCAGUUUACUUUCAAUUAAGGUUCAGAGAAAUUGUAGGCCACGCGGAAACAUUGUUAAGUGAUCUGCAAGCCAGCAGCGAUACGUUGCAUCUCAAAGUGGAAAACGAAUUGGCGUUGCCCGGUACCAAAGCUAUUGCCAAGGCCAUCCGAGACUGCUGGUCAGACAAUGUUUUUAUCUACGGCUUGUCACAUCGUUUCUGGAAGCUCACAUUACAGUUAUUGAAACGAUAUCAGUCAUGGGUGGUUGACAUUUUGGACCAUGGUUCAGACACUUCAGGCGAUAAGGAAAAGCCUGGAAGCAACCCGUCUUCCAGAUCCAGCACUUCCGGCAGUCAGCUCAGUGACGGCACCAUCAUCGAGGAAGCCGCUUCCUUGAGACUGUUCCUGAUUUUAACGCACGAUAUCAAUAAUUUAAUACACCAGAUUAAAAAACUGGCGCCAGAAGUCAUUUUUCCGAAAUUACCACAUCAAGUUCAGGAACUUUCCAUACUACAGGAGAGUAUGGAGAGUAUUCUGAACGAAUUAGAUACCUUGACAGCAAAUGAACUGCAACGACGGAUCACUGGUUUGGUUAGUCGUCGUUGCAUGGAAUCGUUGAAACACGUUCGAUCCAUUACAAGUCAAUAUCGACACACCAACAAACCGCCACCCAGCGAACCUUCUUUCUUUAUACCCAACUUGUUCCGACCAUUUUCAAACUUUGUUCAACAAAAUCAACAAUGGAUAGAUGCAGAUAAACUUUCGGUAUGGGCAUUCGCCGUGACCGAAACCGUCGUCCACCGAUACACUUCGACCAUCAGCGACUUGCUGACCAAUCUGAAAAAAACAGAGGAUUCGUUGAAGAAGUUGAAAAAGGGCAAAAAGGGGCCCACCGCCAAAUCAUCCGUGCUUGGGGGAGGCGCCAAUGAAACUACCAUGUCAGACGAGGACAAGAUUCGGCUCCAAAUGUUACUGGACGUACGGCAAAUCGGCAAAGAGAUGGCACUAUUGUCUGUUGAUCCAACCCAGUUUGCAGCUUAUGACAAGCUCUGUGAAGUAGUCCAACCUUUUGAAUCGCUCGAGCCAUCGAAUACAAACGCAGCGUAA